AAUACAUGAAAAUGCGACGUAACACAGUGUAUGAGAGCCCAAGAAAAACAAGGUUUGUGUGGCUGUGGCACUUGUAUUUUGGCGGGCUGUUGAACAUCCCGUAAUACGAACGUAAUACACCCUUGUCUAGGUGCCAAGUCUUGCCCUGUCCAAGCCUUCCCUUAACCCCCCUCCUCUUUCCUCUCUUCUUGGCCGGGACGUCCCUGUCCGCCCACCAUUUCUUGGUGUCUGCGGCUUUUUCUGUUUCACUCCCUUCUCAUUUGAUUUCCUUCCUCUUUCCUCUUAUUCUUAUUAUUACCCUCCCAUUCCCAAGGCCCAACUCCCCAAUUCUUAGACUCUUUGUCCUCCCUUCUUUUUUGCUGUAGAACUGAAUAACGGCUGCCUAAGUUUCGCUGAACAGGCCACCUUUUACUGCGACAGCAUUAUUAAGACAAGGUGACUGAGCUCUUUUGGGAUCGAGCUUGUGAUACUUGCUCCCUCUCGCAGCGUCGAUAUACCAAGCCGUCGAUAUUCAGUCGUAUUUUCUUUCUUUGGUCAUACAGAGUGACGGCGGAACUCCAUUCUGAGUGGCACGAGAGGGGAAAAUAGCUUCAACGAGGAGAAGAAUAACUCUGUUGUCAAUAUCAUUUCGCACGUGUAGGCUACUACCUCUGUUUUUAAACUUCGUCGAGCCCAUUUAUUACUUUGUUGCCCCCGCCUCGAGUCCGAUUUUCUGUUGCAAAGCCUUUCUUUUUAUUAUUAUUUUACUCGCGCCCUUGCGCGACAAACAUCAACCCACCACUUCUUCCUUUGUAACAUCCCUCUGCUUCAUCCCUCUUCUUCAUCCGCCUUGUAUUUGAUAAUUUCUCUCAACGCCUUUUGCGUUUUGAUAUUUCAGUCCUGGGCAUCAGUUCGCGUUUUGUUGUUCCCAUUUUCCGCUCCCAAGACUUGCUUUGACAAGAAAAAUUUCUUGGCAGUCAUGUCCUCCCGUGAAAACCAAGACUCUUCCGCCCCGAUGGCCCAACAACAACAGCAGCAGCAGCAGCAGCAGCCACAACAACCACAGCCGUCCCCUCAACAGCAACCUCAACAACCACCACAGCGUCAGCAGCAUCAGCAACAACAACAACCCCCGCAGCAGCAGCAGCAAGGUCCGCCUCAGCAACAACAGCCGCCUCCAGGACAGGCUCAGCACUCGCCUGCCCAGGCCUCCCAUCCCCCGCUAAACUCGCCCUCGGCGGUGCAGCAAGCUGCUGCCGCCGCAGCGGCGGCUUCCGUUGUUACCCCAGUAUCACUUUCACAGAAUUUGAGUAGUGGCCCAACGCAAGGUGCUGCUGAGAACUUAGUAUGCCAAUGGCAUGGUUGCCAAGACAGGCUUCCCACAGCUGAAGCCCUCUAUGAACACGUCUGUGAACGUCAUGUUGGCCGCAAGAGUACCAAUAACUUGAAUCUAACCUGUGGAUGGGCUAAUUGCCGGACGACUACCGUCAAACGCGACCAUAUUACCUCGCACAUUCGAGUUCAUGUUCCCCUGAAACCUCACAAGUGUGAUUUCUGCGGCAAGGCUUUCAAGCGUCCACAGGAUUUGAAAAAACAUGUAAAGACCCACGCGGACGAUUCUGUCCUAGUAAGAUCCCCAGAACCCGGCCCUGGAGCAAGACCACCAAAUGGAAUGUUUGGUGUCGGUGUUGGCGCAGACGGAAAAUCCCAUUAUUUCGAGGGGUCAUUAGGACCUGUCCCCGGACAAGCGUAUCCGCACGGAGCUGCACAAUAUUAUCCAAAUCCCCACCCACAACACCCUUCCAAUCAGUCGUAUGGAAACGUUUACUAUGCUGUUGGCAGCGAUGCGUCGCAUCAGGCCUCCUAUGAAUCGAAGAAACGAGGAUACGAUGCUUUGAAUGAGUUCUUCGGUGACUUGAAACGCCGUCAGUUCGACCCCAGCUCCUACGCCGCGGUUGGGCAGCGGCUAUUAAACUUGCAUGGCCUGCCCCUUCCACUGGUUAACGGCGGUGCUGUUCCUGAGUACCAGCCGAUGCCAGCCAUGGUUAAUGUCGGCGGCCAUGGUGGCGGCUACCAGCCCGGCCCAAUGCCAGCCCAGUCGUACCAUUUGCCUCCAAUGGGGAACCUUCGCACCAAGGCUGACUUGAUGAACAUUGACCAGUUCCUGGAACAGAUGCAGUCGACCGUUUACGAGAGUGAUGAUCACGUUGCCGCUGCUGGAGUCGCACAGCCAGGUGCCCAUUACAUCCACGGCGGGAUGAGCUACCGGAAUACCGGCUCACCCCCAUCUGCCACACAUAUCCCAUCUAGCCACGCGACGGCUGCAACAUCUACUCCUAUGAUGAUAUCCUCGACUGCCACCCGUUCCUCACAUAGUAGCACACCCGCUCUUACCCCUCCGUCCAGUGCCCAGUCCUAUACUUCUGGCCGUUCUCCUAUUUCCGUUUCCUCGACGCAUCAUACUGUUCCCCCUUCCCACCAUCCUCAAUCAAGCGCCGCGAAUGUAUCCAACACUUCCAGCCACGACAGCCCAGGAAAACUCCACCACGGCUUAUCCAAGUAUUUCAAGUGCAGCCCGCCGUCGACUCUCAGCAGCGUAUUUGAAAACGAUGACCGUCGCCGAUAUACAGGUGGCAUGCUCCAACGAUCCCAACCGCACUGUGUAUCUGAGUCUUCCCAAAUGUACCUCUCCCCAUCUUCUAAUACCGCACCUGCUAAAUUUUCUACAAAUGUCAUCGACCCAGCACUUCAACCAACAACGAAAACUGGGACACCGUCAGAUCACGACUCUAGCUCCGAACGUGGUAGCCAAAAGCGCGAAAGCACGUCUAGCACGUCUCCGGACGCCGACGAAGCUUCCCGAACUGUAGCUGCCGCCGCUACGGUUGCAAACGCUACGACCGGCAGUGAAACGCAGGGCCACUCGGUAGAGCAGUGGGUAGCCAACGUGCGUCUCCUAGAGAAACUACGGCUGUAUAUAUAUGAACGACUUAGUCGUGGUGAGUAUGAGGAUGAUCCUACUGGUUCUAGUAAUGUCACUACGAAUGAGAUCGACAAUAAUAGGGACAGUCAUGAUGUUAGUGAGAGGAUGGAAGGGAUUGAGCUUGGAGGGAGGGCAUCGUCUUCGCCAUCUGCGUCUAUCGACUCAGAUAGGGAUAUGGGAAGACAUAGGGCUGAACGGCGACAGGAGCGGCAACGGCAAGGGAGCACAGAGCCCAGUAGGGAGAAGGCGGAAAAUGGGGGGAAUCUGUAUCCGGUUCUGAAGGUGGACUUUGAGGAGUCUUGAUUUUCAAGAGUCUUAAAUUAGUUGUUUUUCUUGUUUUCUUCCCAGAUUUUCCUUCGUUGUUUUUCCUUACUUUAUUCUUUUAUAAAUCGAUUCCACCCUGUUCAUUACGCUUCCUCUCUCUCUCACCCUUUCUUACAUUAUCCUUCUUUUCUAUUAUGAUGUUCAACGAUUCCUUCGAGCGGGCUGUCUGGGGCGAGUUUCAUGUCUUUUCACGAUUUUUCUUUUUUUUUUCCCCUUUUAUUUUUUUGUAUUUUUUUUUUAUUUUUCCUUCCCAUCUUUAUUUAUCUAACUAUAGUUACUUCUUUCUUAUUUUCAUCAAAUGUAUACUCACCGAGUCACUCCAAUUGCUUUAAGUUUUUCUCGACCUUGAAUCUUCUCCUCAGCAUGCUCCUAUUAACUUUCUCUUUUUUCCUCUCCUCUCAAUUCUGAACCACUACUCUUCACAUUCACAGGCUCUUCACCUAUUGAUUUCGGUAGUUUGUUUUUCAUCUCUUAAUCUAUUUGUUUUUGUUUUUUUAUAUGUUUUUUUUAAAGCGACCCACUUUGUGUUUGUUUUCGGUUCGGGAACUUUUACGAUUCUCGGCUCUCCCUUUCCAGUUUUAUAUUAUAUACAUGUAACUCUCUUUAUAGUUCGACGGGGAAGUUUGAUCUGUUAGAAGAUCUUCGUUUUUAAUAAUGACGCGGAGAUUAAGUCAGCGAAGUCUGCCAGGGCCUCUUCAUUCAAUAAGUUCGAAGUAUACAAGUUACAAUUUUGUUAGCUUUUUUUUUUUUUUUUUUUUUUUUUUUUUUUUUUUUUUUUUUUUUUUU